AUGCCCAGCGUAACGGACGAUCCUCAGGGCAUGAAGCGGGAGCAGCUGGUAGGACCCGCUGGAGCGGGUCCUGACUCCGAUUCAGCAGCCUCCAGCAGCAGUAAUUACAAUAAUAAUAGCAGUUCUACUAAUACUAACCAUGGAAAUGGCCAUGGUAAUGGUAAUGGGACGAAAAAGCGCAAGUAUGGGAAAGUAGACAGACAUAACGAAAAAGAGUUAUUGCCCACACCGCUGGUGAAGAAGAAGCGGUUUUCACAGGCGUGCGACAGGUGCAGGCUUAAGAAGGUGAAAUGUGACGGGCUUAAGCCUAGUUGCACGAAUUGUCGCAAGAUCGGGUACCAUUGCUCUACAAGCGAUAAGCUUACCAGACGCGGGUUCCCGCGUGGGUACACGGAGAUGCUCGAGAGCGAGAUCAUCAAGUUGCAGCGGAUGUGUGGCUUGAUCGAUGAGAAUGGCGAGACCGUGGCGGAGGGGUCAGAGGAACAGCUCAGACGGCUCCAGAACAACAUGGCGAUGGCAAGCGAUGGGACUUGUAAUCCAAGUGCUGCUGGGAAUGUCAAUGUCAACAUCAACGUUUCACAGCAGAAUCCUAAUGCUACAGACGAUAUCGCAAAAGAUCAGCAACCCCCAGCAAGCGCAAGUACCGGCUCAUUCCUCCCGUUCAUCAACGACACUUUCCACAAAUUCCCAAACUACAUUCAUGACCAGGUCUACCUUGGAAAUUUCACCUGGAACUGCAUCAUCAAUGCCAACAAGCCGUACCUAAAAUCGUGGCAGUAUAACAGGUCGCUUGUGCAUGAUCCUGUAUUGUCGUUCCUCAGCCUGCACUUCCCGCUAUCUUCCAGCGGCGUGCCCACGAAUAUUCCACUCUCUACUGAGGACCUCAUGCGGCUCAUCGACAAAUACCUACACUCCAACCAGAUUUUCCCCUACCUUUUGGGCGAUUCGUGGCAUCAGCGGAUAAUGUCAGUGCUUACGGGCUCUUCAACAGCAUGUGAUCCAGCAGUUUCGAUAGUGCUCAUCCUUAUUGUCCAAUUUGAGCUAAACUGUUUCCCAAAGGAAACCGUUUUCCAAGCCAUCAAAUUGUUCGGAGCCUUAUCACAGGAUAGAUUGUGUGCCAUCCAAUUGAUCAAUUUUGGUAUUCGCUAUUUCAUGUCCCAAGAAAACUCUUACGCAGUGAUAUGGACAAACGAUUUGAUUAGUUUCAACCAGUACAUGAUCACGAACUCGGCUCUCUUCUUAAAUUACAACAACUUGGUGGGACACGAGCACUCCACUUCAAAAACAAUUCGACUCCUCACUUUCUACCAGUUCCAGAUCUUCCAAAUCUGGUGGAGUUUCAUCAACGGCUUGCCAAAGACAAACUUCUUGACUGAUGAGUUCCACCCACCGUUAAUCCAGGACUUCCCUCCCAAUUUGAAGAUGUUCCAGCUUGUUUACGACUUCAUUAUCCAGCUAGACGGAUGCCAUUUGCAACUUUUGGUAAAUAAGACCAAUAAUAAGUACCAGUACCUCAUCGAAUCAUUUGGCUAUAAGUUGAUAUAUCAAUGGAAAGUCUACCACCAUUUGCAAGAUCACGAUUUCAAACAGAUACAGCUAGAAAAUAAUGAUCUCUUGGAGAUAGGUAUCACCUUGGUCUAUCUUGUAUGUCGGUAUUUGCAACAGCCAAAAUCCAUAGAGCUCUCAUAUGAAAUUAUUUCUCUAUAUUGGCUGAUAUUGUCCGACAACUCCAACGUCAAACCCAUAAAUUCAAGAAUUUUGAAGACAGUACAGUUUAUGCCUUUGAACAAUAAACAAUUGAUUGAGAAUUGUUUGGUCAAUUUACUCAACGAACCCAAACAAUCGUUCAACUGGUUUAAAUACAAGAAACUCUUGAAAAGAUGGGUUACCAUCUGGAUGGAUGACAACGAUAUCUUUUCCAAACUAAUUUCUCAUUACCAGCUUCCUAUUGGAAUGACAGACAUUUCACCAACAGUAUCUAACUUUAAACCUUUGGAAAUAGUUAUGGACCCUGUUGCUGAUCCAUCAAGCCUUUUCAAGAUAUACAAUGACGUAGACAAUUUCAUCGAUGACGAGGGCUACGAGGAAGAUAAUGAAAGCGACUAUCAAGAGCUCGUGAUACUGCCCAAGAGACGUACAAUUGGCCAUCAUCAUCCAUCAGCGAAAGCUUCAAGCAUUCAUAAAAAUACCACCAGAACUGAUUUCUCGCUUUUCAACAACAAGAUCGACCAUAUCAUCAUCAAAGAAUGA